UUUGGGGGGGGGGGGGGGGGAGUUGUUGGAGAGGGUGAGAAAAGGGUUGUGGUCUUGUAGGAGAUGAUCCAUCCAUGAUCCUCCAACAACGCUGUUACUGUUUGUUUCCUUUUUACACUGUUUGUACAGACCCUUUUUUCAUUUUUAGCUCUUUCUCUCUGGAUCUGGAUUGUAGAGCCUGGGGAAUUAGUGGAAACGUGGAAUUCUAGUGGGAAAGCAUUUAGGUUUCUGUUAUCUGCUGAGAACAAAUGGUGAAGAAGAUCAGGAUCCUAAAUUGGAACCCACGAUCCCUUUCCAAGCACAAUCAUGCAUUUGUGAAGCUAGUUGUUUCAAUCCUUCUGAUUGGUCUUGCUUUUCGUUUGUUCUUUUCUGAUUCGAUCGGCUUUUCAUCUGUUGAUGAAACACCAUUAUUAUUAGAUAGAACUGUGGCUCCCGAGACUACUAUUCCUGUCAAGACGACCUCAGCGCCUGUGGCUGCCCCGGAGAUUGAAGAUCACUUGCCUUCUCCUGAAGGAAAAUGUGAUAUUUUCACUGGAGAUUGGAUCCCAAACCCAUCAGGUCCGAUUUACACUAAUGAGACCUGCGAUGUAAUCGAAGGUGAUCAGAAUUGCAUGAAAAAUGGGCGCCCUGAUUCAGGGUAUCUUUACUGGAGGUGGAAUCCAAGGGAUUGCGAGUUGCCUCCUUUUAGUGCAGAGAGAUUUCUUGAGCUGAUGAGGCAUAAAUCGUGGGCACUCAUUGGUGAUUCAAUUUCUCGCAACUAUGUCCAGUCCUUGAUCUGCAUUCUCUCGCAGAGACAGAUGAGAAGUGGAGGAAGAGUAGAAUUACAACCUUUGCUGGCUAUUAAACUGCAGGCAAACACCCAAGUAGAGAAAGCAGUUAAAGUCUACCGUGACGAGGACAAAUCCAAAAGGUGGCACUUCCCCUCCUACAAUUUCACCGUCUCAGUGAUAUGGUCCCCUUUCCUUGUACAAGCAGAUAUAUUUGAAGACAAAAAUGGUGUGGCAACAUCUGAAAUCCAGCUAUAUCUUGAUAAACUAGAUAAAAAAUGGACAGACCAAUAUCAGAGCUUUGAUUAUAUGAUCAUUUCUGGAGGUAAAUGGAUUCUAAAGUAUGCAAUCUACUAUGAGAACAACACAGUGGUUGGCUGCCACCACUGUCCUGGGAAGAACUUAACAGAGAUAGGGUUUGAGUAUGUAUAUCGCAAAACUCUUCGAGUGGUGCUCAACUUCAUUGUAACAUCCAAUCAUGAGGGAUUGGUUUUGUUUAGGACCAGCACCCCAGACCACUUUGAGUAUGGAGACUGGUUCAGCGGAGGGAUUUGCAAUAGAACAGAACCUUUUAAAGAAGGUGAGAUUGGGAUGAAGGAUUUAGACAUUGGGCUUCGCAACAUCGAGUUGGAAGAGUAUGAGAAGGCAGCAGCAGCCUUGGGAUCCGACAAGAAUUUAAAACUAAAACUUAUGGACACUGCCCAGCUUUCUUUGCUCAGGCCUGAUGGCCAUCCAGGGCCCUACAGAAACCCACACCCAUUUGCAGACGGUAAAAAGGCAAAAAUUAAUGACUGCCUGCAUUGGUGUUUGCCUGGACCCAUAGAUGCCUGGAAUGAUCUGCUGAUGGAAUUGGUGGUAAAUAACUGAAGAUGUUAUCUACGAAUCAUCAAUGAUGAAAAUUUAUGUUCAUGCCACGACAUCUUCAGGUUUUUGAGAUUCUCAGAUUCUGCUGAUCUUUCAUCAAUGAGCUGGUGGAGGUGGAAUGCCUUAUGCUGUGAAUACCUUUCCAAGCAUUCUCUCCCAGGAUGUGUCUGCAUCGGCUGUGCUUUGUAUGCUGUUUUGUCACUAGGGGUGGGAAGGAAGGUCUAUUUCUUGUAAAUUUUGUAGGCUUUUGUUUGUCUGGAGCAACUAACUCCGAAGCUCAAGGAGAUGUUCUUGUAUUAGAUUUUUGCCACAUCUUGAUGUCUUUCAGAUUAGUGCAUCACAGAAGCUGUUCUAUGUGUA